AUGCCACCUAAAAAACGAUUAUCUUUAUCUCGAAAUUCGAGAGAAGCUAAGAGAAUGAGAAAUACGCGUUCUGAAGAAUCGGCUGAGGAAAGAGCACAUCGGUUAAACUCUAUGAGAGUUAGUGCCUCAACUUCUCGAGCCAAUGAAAGCUCUCCAGAGAGAGAGAUGCGAUUAGCAGCUGACAGAGCGAGACGAGCUUCAUCACGGGCGUCUCAAAGCUCUUCUCAACAAGAGCUAGCGCUCACCAUUGACCGUGAACAACAUGUGUUAUCCCGAGAAUCUGAAACUGCUUCACAACGAGAAUUGCGGCUCACAGUUGACCGCGAACGGCAUACAUUAUCUCGCCAGUCCGAAACCUUCACUGAUAGGGCAAUACGUCUCACAGCUGAUCGCGAACGGCAUACAUUAUCUCGCGAGUCCGAAAAUUUCACUGAUAGGGAAUUACGUCUCACAGCUGAUCGCGAACGGCAUACAUUAUCUCGCGAGUCCGAAACCUACACUGACAGGGAAUUACGUCUCACAGCUGAUCGCGAACGGCAUACAUUAUCUCGCGAGUCCGAAACUUUCACUGACAGGGAAUUACGUCUCACAGCUGAUCGCGAACGGCAUACAUUAUCUCGCGAGUCCGAAACCUACACUGACAGGGAAUUACGACUCACAGCUGAUCGCGAACGGCAUACAUUAUCUCGCGAGUCCGAAACUUUCACUGAUAGGGAAUUACGUCUCACAGCUGAUCGCGAACGGCAUACAUUAUCUCGCGAGUCCGAAACCUACACUGACAGGGAAUUACGUCUCACAGCUGAUCGCGAACGGCAUACAUUAUCUCGCGAGUCCGAAACUUUCACUGACAGGGAAUUACGUCUCACAGCUGAUCGCGAACGGCAUACAUUAUCUCGCGAGUCCGAAACCUACACUGACAGGGAAUUACGACUCACAGCUGAUCGCGAACGGCAUACAUUAUCUCGCGAGUCCGAAACUUUCACUGACAGGGAAUUACGUCUCACAGCUGAUCGCGAACGGCAUACAUUAUCUCGCGAGUCCGAAACCUUCACUGAUAGGGAAUUACGUCUCACAGCUGAUCGCGAACGGCAUGUACUAUUCCGUGAGUCCGAAACCUUCACUGAGAGGGAAUUACGGCUUACAACUGAUCGCGAACGUCAUAUUUUAUCUCGAGAAUCUGAAACGUUUACUCAAUAUGAAGACCGUUUGACAAAUGAUAGGGUGCACCACAAUAUUAUUCGAUCUCUUGAAGAUAGACAUGAGCAUGAACAACGACUAGAGUCAGGACGCGAAUAUUACAAUUCUUUGAGACAAGAACGAUUAAUAAGUUUGUCUAAUGAAAGAUUAAGAAUUGAAAAUAUUCGUUCUCUUGAAACGGACGAACAGCGAGAAGCCCGUCUUAUUACAGACAGAUUUCGACAUAGUCUUAAUGACUUAGAUGUACACAUAGAAGAUCAAUCUACAAAUUUGGUGGCGUGGUCCGACAAAUAUAAAAGUGGGUUUGCUUAUAACCUCACAAUUGAUUAUAGAUCAUCUUCUGUAAUAGGCAAUAUGAACGUAGUAUGUUUUUUUUGUAAUGCUUCAAAGUGGAGUAAAGAGUCGGCUGGUUUCUGUUGUUCUGGAGGUAAAAUAAAUUUGCCUUCAUUCGAAGACCCACCGGAACCUUUGAAAUCACUACUUUUAGGGGAACAUGUGCAAUCUAAACAAUUCUUAGACAAUAUUCGCACUUAUAAUAGUGCGUUUCAAAUGACAUCCUUUGGUGCUCAACAAAUCUCAGAAGGUCCUUUCAUGCCUACUUUUAAGAUACAAGGUCAGGUUUACCAUUUGAUAGGAUCCCUUUUGCCUGAAGACCAACCUAAGUUUCUUCAAAUAUAUUUUGUAUCCGACUACAACGAACAGUCGAAUAUAAGAAAUCAAUAUUUCCCGAAUUUAAAUACUGAACUCAUUUCACAACUUCAGAACAUGUUGCAUCAGGUUAAUUCUUAUGUAUACAGUUUUAAAUCGGCAUUAGAAGCUCUUCCUCAAGAUGGUGAUAACAAUUAUAAAAUUGUUAUAAAUGCCGAUAGGCGUCCAACUCAGGAACACCCUGGGCGUCAUAAUGCUCCAUCUACGAAUGAAGUUGCUGUAGUAUUGGUCGACCAGGAAUGUGAUAGGCGUGAUAUCGUUAUCCGUUCCAGAGACAAUCGUUUGCAACGUAUUUACGAAACCCACAGGGCUUACGACAGUUUGCAAUAUCCUUUGAUAUACUGUAGAGGGGAAGAUGGUUAUAAUUUCGCUUUAUAUCAAACUGAUCCCCGUACAGGCGCGCCUAAUUAUAAUAAAAAGGUGUCAUGCCUUCAAUUUUAUUGUUACCAUUUGCAAGUGAGACGGAAUAGAUUUGUAUACUUUCAGCGUUUUCGUGGCUUAUUCAAUCAGUUUAUUGUAGACAUGUACGCCAAAAUUGAAACCGAAAGAUUAGUUUAUAUACGAUCUAAUCAAAGGCAGCUGCGCGCUGAAGAAUACGUGCACCUUCGCGACGCCAUGCAGCAAGAUAAUGAUACGGUGAAUAUGGGCCGUUUAGUUAUUUUACCCUCUUCUUUUACUGGUGGUCCACGCUACAUGCACGAACGAACCCAAGAUGCUUUUUGUUACGUAAGAAAAUAUGGACGUCCCGACUUAUUCAUUACUGUAACUACCAAUCCCAAGUGGGAUGAAAUCACUCAGGAGCUUCUUGAGGGUCAAGCACCGCAUAACCGCCAUGAUAUUAUCGCAAGAGUUUUUCAUUUAAAAUUAAAAUCAAUGAUAGAUCUACUUACCAAAGAUAACAUUUUUGGAGAAGUAUUGUGUUAUAUGUAUAGUGUUGAGUGGCAAAAACGCGGCUUACCUCACGCACACAUCCUGCUUUGGUUAAAAGAUAAGAUUCGACCAAAUGAUGUAGACAGUUCAAUCAGUGCUGAAAUUCCAGAUUCGAUUGCAGAUCCCCUCUUAUACAACAUUGUUAAAACGCAUAUGAUACAUGGUCCAUGUGGUGCAUUUAACGGGAAUGCUCCUUGCAUGAAAGACGGUCGUUGCACUAAAAGAUAUCCAAAAGCCUUAAUGAAUGAAACUGUAACUGGACAUGACGGAUACCCAUUAUAUCGUCGCCGUUCAAGAGACAGUGGUGGUUUUACUAUUGAAAAGCGAGUGUCUGGACAACAGGCUACUUUAGAUAAUAGGUGGGUGGUUCCGUACUCGCCUGUAUUGUCUAGAGCAUUUCAAGCUCACAUAAAUGUUGAAAUGUGUAAUAGUGUAGAGUCUAUAAAAUAUAUUUGUAAGUAUAUUAACAAGGGCAGUGAUCAAGCUACAUUUGCGUUGAGAAAUGAACAUGAUGAAGUUACUAGGUUUCAGUCAGGCAGAUAUAUAAGCUCUUCAGAAGCUGUGUGGCGGAUAUUAAGUUUCAAUAUUCACGAAAGAUAUCCACCUGUGACUCAUCUGGAUGUUCAUCUUGAAGGUGGUCAACGUAUAUAUUUCAACGCCCAAAAUGUUACAGAAAGAUUAGAGAACCCUAGACAAACAACUUUAUUAGCAUUCUUUCGACUUUGCCAAACUGAUGAUUUUGCAAAAUCUCUUUUGUACGAGGAAGUUCCAUCGUAUUAUACCUACGAUAAGCAACGAGGUGUCUUUAAUCGUAGACGCCGUGGCAGGCCUGUAGAUGGCGAGUCAGGUAUUUUCAAAGAACAUGUUCUUGGUAGAGUGUAUACCGUUCAUCCUAACAACGCUGAGUGUUUCUAUUUGCGAUUAUUAUUACAUAUAGUGCGAGGACCAUCAUCAUUUUUAGAUUUGAGAAAAGUAGACGAUGUUGUUCAUCCAACUUACCAUGCAGCUUGCCAAGCGCGUCAUUUGCUUGAAAAUGAUCAGCAUUGGGAUGACGCUUUAGCAGAAUCAAGUGUUAGUGAUAAUCCACGACAGUUACGCCAUUUAUUUGUAACAUUGCUCACAUUUUGUAAUUUGUCAGAUGCUGUACAAUUAUGGGAAAAAUAUAAAGAAAAAUUUGCAGAGGACUUUCUUCGGAAUAUAUCUCACAAUGAUGAAGGCACAACCAAUGAUAAUUUCCGUAAUCUUGCCAUAAAUCAGUGCUUAUUAGCUCUUCAGGAAGACUUAACAGCAGUAGGCGGAAAAUUACUCUGUGAAUAUGGUUUGCCAACACCAACCUCAGUCGGAGAGGUUACUAAUAGGGAAUAUUCCGCAGAGACUGAUUACAACUCAAUGGAACUGCUGGCAACAUUAGAAAACGGUAUCCCAUUGAUGACUGCAGAACAACGUUCAGUCUAUGAUCGCGUGUGCGAGAGUGUUCAAAAUAAUUUGGGAACAAUAUGGUUUUUAGAUGCACCUGGAGGAACUGGGAAAACUUUUGUAACUAAGUUAAUAUUGGCUUAUGUUCGAAGUCAACGUAAAAUUGCUCUUGCCGUGGCUUCAUCAGGUAUAGCUGCAACAUUGCUACCAGGAGGUAAAACUGCUCACACUAUGUUCAAAAUACCAAUUGAUUUAGAUUGCACGGAAAGUCCAACCUGUAGUAUUUCUAGAAAUAGCGACAAAGCUAAGGUAUUACGUGAGUGUAAUUUAAUCAUAUGGGAUGAAUGUACGAUGGCCCAUCGAAAAGGAGUAGAAGCGGUAGACAGAACUUUAAGGGACAUAAGACAAAAUGAUCGACCAAUGGGCGGUAUCACGGUUUUAUUUUGUGGUGAUUUCCGACAAAUCUUACCAGUAAUACCACGGGGAACCCGAGCUGAUGAGGUUAGGGCUUGCCUAAAAAGCUCUUAUUUGUGGCACGAUAUACAAUCGGUGCAUUUGACUAUAAACAUGCGAGUGAGAACUGGAGAUAACCCGGAUGAUCGUCAAUUUUCCGAUACAUUAUUAAAGAUUGGUGAAGGUACCUAUCCACAACUACACCAAGGAAAACUUAUUCUGACGCCUGAUAUAUGUUGUAUAGUGCAAUCCCAACCACAUCUUAUAUCGUCGGUUUACGGUGACGUAACAAAUAUAUUAAAUAGGGACAAUUCUUGGCUAUGCGAAAGAUCCAUUUUAACUCCUCGCAAUGACCAAGCAUCUGAGAUUAAUAACAAAAUACUGUCGAAUAUACAAGGGGAAAGCAAAGUUUACAGUUCAAUAAAUAGAAUGGUCGAUGAACAUGAAGCCACUAAUUACCCGAUAGAAUUUUUAAAUUCUUUAAAUAUGCCUGGACUUCCUUCUCAUGAAAUUUGUUUAAAAAUUGGUGUUCCGAUUAUUCUGCUCCGAAAUUUAAGACCACCACAACUUUGCAAUGGAACUCGGCUAAAAGUAACCCAGUUGCAGCAAAAUAUAAUCGAGGCUCAAAUUUUAACAGGUUGCGGUGCAGGAGAAACCAUCUUUAUUCCCAGAAUUCCCAUAAUACCAAAUAAUUUUCCAUUUCAAUUUAAAAGAACGCAAUUCCCAGUAUCGGUGUGCUAUGCAAUGACAAUUAAUAAGGCUCAAGGGCAGACUUUUCGUGUUGCUGGAGUAGAUCUCGGUGUCAGUUGUUUUUCGCAUGGUCAGUUAUACGUGGCUCUUUCCCGGGUUAGCAGUUCUAGAAAUCUUUAUGUUCACGUGCCGGACGGGUCAACUUUCAACAUAGUUUACCCAGAAGCUUUGCGCUAAAAUAUUUUUGUUAUAUAGGUCAUUAUUCCACGCGGACGAAGUCGCGGGCAAAAGCUAGUAACUAAUAAAGCGAAAAUAGACUUAGAUUGGGAAGGAGAAUUUGUGGUUAACAAAUAGCCACUUAUUCAGAACUCUCAGCAAGCUAGGAACUGGCUAUUUCAUAUUUUCAUACAUUUGAUUUUUUUUAUAUUUAUACACAAAAUUCAGUAAUAACUUGUACGUAUUCUUCCAAGUAAGCCAGCUUCUAUCUAAGACUGCAUUGUCACAUAAACAUCAGGUGAGAUCACAAUCAAGGCCUAACUUGUU